UCGUAAAGCAGCUCAACUUCAACGAAUUACUUUACGCAAAGACCGUCUAGAAAGAGAUAAAGCUCGAAGGAUAUCUGAAGCUCAACCAAUUGUCGAACGGUUAUUAUGGUUUAGAUAUGCACUUGAUGAUGCACUUCCGUGUGCAACAAAAGCUGAAGUUUAUGACUUAAUAGAAAUGUACAUAGCUCGCAAUGAUGAUGAUAUAUCAAAUCUUGAUUCGCCAAAAUAUGUACAUAAAACCAAAUCAUCAAAACAAUUUCUUUUGGAUGCAUUGAAAUUGAAAGAGAAAAGAGAGUAUAUGGAAGGAUUUGAAAUUCCAAAUUUAAUGGAUCCGAAAAAUGUCAAGAUCUUAAGACAAUGGGAUGGUGAUACUAAUUCGAUGUCAAGAAUUAAGACUAUAAGAAUAGAAGAUCCAAACAAUAUAAAUAAUUUAAAAACAACAGCCCAAAAUCUUGCCAAAAAACAAAAAUCAUCAAUACAUAAUAUUAGUAAUUCAGCAAUGGCAAUUGAUCAAACGAAUAUGAGUGAACAACCGAUUGUUGAAGAACUUGUUAAUUCUAAACUUCUUGAUGAGAUUCAAAUAAAAUUUAAAAUAUGUGAUUAA